UGAGGAGAAUGUGGCGACGUUCCGGGGUUCGGAAUACUUCUGCUAUGACUUGUCUCAGAAUCCCAUCCAGAGUAGCAGUGAUGAGAUCACUCUGUCCUUCAAAACCUGGCAGCGCAACGGUCUCAUCCUCCACACGGGCAAGUCAGCGGACUACGUGAACCUAGCACUGAAGGACGGCGCCGUUUCCCUGGUCAUCAACCUGGGCUCCGGGGCCUUCGAGGCGAUCGUUGAGCCUGUCAAUGGAAAGUUCAAUGACAACGCCUGGCAUGACAUCAAAGUGACACGCAACCUGAGACAGCACUCAGGCAUUGGACACGCUAUGGUUACUAUAUCAGUGGAUGGUAUACUGACCACCACAGGAUACACACAGGAGGAUUACACUAUGCUGGGCUCAGAUGAUUUCUUCUAUGUGGGGGGAAGCCCAAGCACCGCCGACCUGCCUGGAUCUCCCGUCAGCAAUAAUUUCAUGGGUUGCCUGAAAGAGGUGGUUUACAAAAACAACGACAUACGUCUGGAACUCUCUCGUCUGGCCCGCAUUGCAGACCCCAAGAUGAAACUUCAAGGAGAUGUGGUGUUUAAAUGUGAGAAUGUCCCCACCUUAGAUCCCAUCUCCUUUGAGACGCCCGAAUCCUUCCUCGGCUUGCCCAAGUGGAACACCAAGCGUGUGGGCUCUAUUUCCUUUGACUUUCGCAGCUCAGAGCCCAAUGGACUAAUCCUCUUUACGCAAGGUAAACCCCAGGACAAGAAGGAUCCUCGUAGCCAGAGGAGCAACAAAGUGGACUUCUUCGCAGUGGAACUUCUAGAUGGAAAUCUUUAUCUUCUGCUGGACAUGGGAUCAGGAACUAUUAAAGUCAAAGCCACACAGAGUAAGGUCAAUGACGGAGUCUGGCACCACGUGGACAUUCAGAGAGAUGGAAGAUCAGGUAUCAUCUCUGUGAACAGCCGUCGGACUCCAUUCACCGCCAGCGGAGAGAAUGAGAUUCUGGACCUCGAGGGUGACCUAUAUCUCGGAGGACUCCCGGACAACCGCGCUGGCCUGAUUCUCCCCACCGAACUGUGGACCGCCAUGCUGAACUAUGGCUUUGUAGGCUGCAUCCGGGAUCUCUUCAUAGAUGGACGCAGUAAAGACAUCCGUCAGAUCGCCGAGGCCCAGAAUGGAGUCGGGAUCAAGUCAUCCUGCAGCAAAGUUACAGGCAAACAGUGCGACAGCAACCCCUGCAAAAACAACGGCAUCUGCAAAGAGGGCUGGAAUCGCUUCAUCUGUGACUGCACGGGGACGGGAUACUGGGAGCGAACCUGUGAGAGAGAGGCGUCUAUCCUAAGCUACGAUGGCAGCAUGUAUAUGAAGGUGGUGAUGCCGACGGUAAUACACACAGAAGCAGAGGACGUGUCCCUGCGGUUCAUGUCCCAGCGUGCCUUUGGCCUGUUGAUGGCUGCCACAUCACGUGAGUCCGCAGACACACUGCGACUUGAGCUGGACAGCGGCCGUGUCAGACUCACCGUCAAUUUAGACUGUGGCAGGAUAAACUGUAACACCAGUAAAGGACCAGAGACAUUGUACGCUGGCCAGAAAGUGAACGACAAUGAUUGGCACUCAGUCAAAGUGAUGCGGCGUGGUAAAAACUUCAAACUCAUGGUGGAUGAUGAUGUGGCAGAAGGUCAGAUGAAUGGUGACCACACUCGGCUGGAGUUCAGUAACAUUGAGACCGGGAUUCUGACAGAACGGCGCUUUGCCUCCACGGCUCCAUCCAACUUCAUCGGUCACCUGCAAGGCCUGAAGUUCAACGGCCUUUUCUACAUCGACAUGUGCAAGAACGGGGACAUCGAAUUCUGUGAGCUAAAUGCUCGUUUCGGCAUGCGCUCCAUCGUGGCCGAUCCUGUUACCUUCAAGACCAAAGGAAGCUAUCUGGGUCUUGCUACGCUCCAGGCAUAUAACACCAUGCACCUGUUCUUUCAGUUUAAAACCACCUCGGGUGACGGAUUCAUCCUCUUCAACAGUGGAGACGGGAAUGAUUUUAUUGCCGUAGAGCUUGUCAAAGGGUAUAUCCACUAUGUGUUUGACCUUGGAAACGGACCGAGUCUUCUGAAGGGAAACAGCGACAGUCCUCUUAACGACAACCAGUGGCACAAUGUGGUGAUCACUCGCGACGCCAGCAACACGCACACGUUAAAGGUGGACGCCAAGUCUGUCAGCCAGGUGGUCAACGGAGCCAAAAAUCUGGACCUGAAAGGUGAUCUGUUUGUGGCCGGUCUGGGGCCCAACAUGUACCAGAUCCUGCCGAAGCUGGUGGUGUCUCGCGAGGGUUUCCAGGGCUGCUUAGCUUCCAUGGAUCUCAACGGCCGUCUGCCAGACCUCAUCAAUGACGCUCUGUUCCGCAGCGGGCAGAUCGAACGGGGCUGUGAAGUUGGUUUCACCAAAGCUGACCUGCAAGGGCCCAGCACUACAUGCCAGGAGGAUUCGUGCGCCAACAUGGGUGUGUGCAUCCAGCAGUGGGAGAACUUCACCUGCGACUGCUCCAUGACCUCGUACUCCGGCACCCAGUGCAACGACCAAACACAACGGCACACUCCACAGCAGAACGGGGGCCAGUGGUGUGGCCAGAGAAAGAGCAACCCUGCUCGGAGAAGAAUAGAAGGUGAAUACGGCAGCGUAUUCAUCACGCUAGCCGAGCAACACAACAGAAACGCUCAGCUAAGCUUCAGCAGACACCUCAGCCUCCAGGGCACCGUCUUCAGCCAACUCAACACCUAUUUAUGA